AACGGGCAGAGCUGCAAAGUUCCCUGCAUAAGUAUUCUCUUGCUGUUCUCUGAAAGUUUGAUGUCACAAUUUGAGCAGCAGUUGAGAAAGAAAAGUGACAGAGAAAUAAGACAAAGAAAAGUUAAUGCAAAUAUUCCAUCCUAUGACACACAAUGCCUUAUUCUCUAUUCCAUGAACAAAAUUCAUUAAGACACCACACAACAAAAUGGGGAUAGAGACUUGAAGGGAUUGGAUCUCUCCUUCUCUCACCUCUUCUUUUACCAUCUUAUCCUCAUUUUCUAACCACAUAUUUGCACAACUCAGUGGUAAACAACCACAAUCAAUAUUGUCAGGACUUAUCAUUUUAGUACUGCCAAAUUACUACAGACACUUUUUCUCCCAACGGCAUUCUUGUCUUGGCAAAAGGUGCACGACUUUUUUAUAUGAAGUGAUCCAUUUUUACCAACUGAACCAGCAUAUGUUAGCCUGUUUUCCUUAUUACUGAGUAAUUUGUCAAGUGACUCUAUGCCUUCGGCCUGUAGUAAUUGGCCCUUUAUGGGGUUGGGGUGACUGACUUGCCCUUUUGAAUGUAACUAUAACUUAGUGUGACAGUGAAAAUUCAUAUAACGUCGCAAAAAUGAAGGGAAAUUAGCGUCGCGCUUCUUUUGCAACUUUGCACCUUAUCAACAACAAAAAAUGCCAAGUGAUUACAUGAUUGAUAUAUCACAGGCCUGACUUGAGAACUUCCAAAUAAUGGGCUCACAGACAGCACAGGCAGCAGUGCUAGAAUUUUCACACAGAAAGAACAUGGAACUGCCAGAAUUCAUCACAUCAUCAGACAUGGAUUAUUUCAUCAACACCCUAUCAGACAUCAAGGUGAAGGAAACCAAGCCAGACCUGAUUGCCUCAACCAUAACACAUUAUGCCUCCAAAUGGCUGCCUGAGCUGGCUGAUGACGAGGGCGAUCGGGCUGUGGCCCAUUAUGAGGACUCCCAAGAAAGUGUGACAGCUUCAUGGACAAAGAAAAGGUUCUUCAUACAAGCUCUUGUCGCAAUUCUGCCUCCAGAGAAGGAGUCCAUCCCUUGCAACUUCCUCUUGAGGCUCCUAAGAGUCGCCAACAUGGUUCACGUUGGGCCAUCCUAUCGGGCCGAGCUUGAGAAACGAGUCUCUUGGCAGCUCGAUCAGGCUUCUUUGAAAGAAUUGAUGAUACCGUCUUUUAGCCACACGUCUACCGCAUUGCUUGAUUUUGAGCUUGUUCUUCGUCUAGUAAAGAGGUUUGCGAGUAUGGAAGAUGUUGCUAGGAGUGGGGCUGCUGUCAUGAAGGUGGCAAAGCUUGUGGACUCUUACCUUGCUGAAGCAGCCGUUGAUUCGCAUCUGUCAUUGCCUGAUUUUGUCGAUCUUGCUAGCGCCCUCCCAAGCCACGCACGGUCUUCAGACGAUGGACUUUAUCGUGCCAUCGACACGUACCUCAAAGCGCAUCCGAGCUUGUCGAAGCAAGAGAGAAAGACGUUAUGCAGUUUAAUCGACAGCAGGAAGCUGUCGCAGGAGGCGUCCGUCCAUGCAGCCCAGAACGAGAGGCUGCCAGUUCGGGCAGUGAUCCAAGUGCUGCUCUCGGAGCAAACUAAGCUCAUCAAGCACGUGGACUGGAGCGGAUCGUUGAGUGGCGCCCGUAGCCCUGCGGGAGUGGGGCUUGAGCUGCCGGGGCGGUGCUUCUCGAAAAGGGAAACGAGCGUGCAACAAAUGGAAAUCAAGAGGCUGAAGGAGGAUGUGCUGAGGCUGCAGAGCCAGUGCAUGGCGAUGGAGAGGCAGAUUGAGAAGCUGGUGGAGAAGAAGAGAUCAGCAGGGUCGUAUUUCAGCUGGAAGAAGCUGGGGUUUAAGGCCAAUAGAGUGGGAGAGGUGGGCGGAGAGAACGAGGUUGGGUUGGGGCUGAAAUCGCCGUUGGAGAUUAAGACAAGGCUUCUACGAGGAAGGAAUUCCUCCAACAGGAGGAAAUCAUUGUCCUGAUCAAAUCAUCACUUGCUUAUAUCCAAUAUUCCCAUUCUCUCAUGCUCCUAAUCAAAUCCAAUGCUGUUUAUUUUUAUAUGUAUUGGGAAACUAAGUAAUUUAAUAUGCUACUUCAUUAUGUUAUACUCAUCA